AUGGGCUUCAACACUAUUCUCUGGGUUGCCGGUAUUUUUGCUUUUUUAGCUUAUAAACCGUUUGGUGAACCAGCACCAUCGAUAACGAACUUAGCACUCGGAGUUAUACUUGUAUUGGUCAUUACUUGUAAUUCUAUUUUGAACGUUUAUCAAGAAAUUAAAUCGAUAAAAAUUGUAGCAUCCUUUUCGAAACUGUUACCAACGAUUGCUACAGUUCGGCGUGAUGGUAGAGAACAACAAAUAGUUGCCGAUCAAAUCGUACCAGGUGAUGUUAUUCUCAUUCGUAUGGGUGAUAAACUACCUGCUGAUUGUCGAUUUCUAAUGUGUGAUGGGCUUAAAAUCAACACAUCAGAAUUGACUGGUGAAUCGAAGCCUGUCACGUCAACAGUUCGAUGUACGAGUCAAAAUUUUAUGGAAUCAACUAAUAUUGGCUUUUAUUCGUCAAUGGUCGAACAAGGUACCGGUGAAGCAGUGGUUAUUGCCACCGGUGACAAUACUAUUUUGGGCAAAAUGUCACGACUGACACGCGGCGAGUCGGGUGAUGAAGUCACCGGUCUACAUCGCGAAGUCAAUCGUUUUGUUUUAUUCGUUGUUAUAGCCACUGCUAUCGCUAUUCUCAUUCUGUGGAUCACUUGGGCUGCAUGGCUCAAUAGAGAUCAUCACAGUUUUGUUACCUACAAUGCAAAUAUUGUUAACUCCAUCGGUAUGGUUGUCGGUUUUUUACCUCUGGGCUUGCCAUCGGCUGUGACUCUUGUAUUGACAAUUGUGGCCAAACGAAUGUAUCGACAACGUGUGUUAGUCAAAAGUUUACAAAUAGUCGAAACUUUCAAUUCAGUUUCAGUGAUUGCUACUGAUAAGACAGGUACAUUGACGCAAAACAAAAUGACAGUCACUCAUCUGUUAUGGGACACGCGUGGUACCUACAAAGUACCUGAACCGCAACCGCCACCGGUCGCAGAGGAGACUCUUUUUCAAGCGAUUCGCCGUUUAUCAUCUGGAGCCAUCAAUACAGCUCGCCGUCUAUCAAUAGGAGUCGUGUCAGUUGCGCGAAGAUUGUCUAGUGGUAUUAUCAAUCAACCACAACGCAUGAUGUCGUUUAGUGAUGAUAAUGAAAUGCAAAUUAUUCCGAGCAUAGCAAGUGAAGUUCAAGUUGAAGCAUUCAAAGAUCUUCUGGUCGGUGCUGUUCUCUGUAAUAAUGCCGAAAACCAAAUAGUACAAGAUGCACAAAUUGGACAAGAUAUAUCAGAAAUGAAAUCCGAAUUACGUCUUGUGGGUGACGCUGCCGAUACAGCUCUCUACAAUCUAUGUGUCGAUCGAUGUUAUGUUGAUAUUGAUACAGUGCGCAAAAACAACCUUCGUUUGAAAGCAUUACCAUUCAAUUCAUCUAAUAAAUUUAUGGUUGUGGCUAAUGAACUUGAAUCAAAUGAUCCGUCUAUAUUGGAAAGCGAACGUACCGUUUUGAUUACAAUGAAAGGUGCACCAGAUAUUGUCAUCCAACGUUGUUCAUCAUACAAAAUCCAUAAAGGUGUCAUUUUGCCAUUAGACGCCGACAUAAAACGAAUAAUGUUUAAUCGACAAGAAGAACUAGGAAAAAAUGGUUAUCGUGUCAUCGCCAUGUGUCAACAGAAAGUUAGUCGACAACAGUACGAUCAAAUGAUGGAGCGAUAUAAAGAAGAACAACGUUCGCAAUCGGCUGCCGAAGAUUUGAGUGGAUUUCCAUCGGGUGACUAUUGCUUCAUUGGUCUCUUUUCAUUACUUGAUCCUCCUCGAACGGAAGUGCCUGAUUCCGUUCUGAAAGCUCGUCGUGCUCAAAUUCGUGUGGCCAUGGUCACUGGUGAUCAUCCAACGACGGCCAAAGCGAUUGCAAAGCAAGUACAUAUUUUGACACCAGAAAUUGCAGAAAUGAACGGUGUGGAUACGUUUAAAAUGGGACAUGAUGAUAAGGGUCAACCGGUUCUCAAUUUGUAUCGAAACGAGAAAUUAUUGAAACAGUACGUACCUGGUCAAGCAACACGAAUUGAUCCAGAGAAUAAAAAUGCCCGAAACAUGGUGAAGCAGGCUGAAAUUGAUGCUGGUGAAGCUGAAGCUGAACCACCGCCACCUUGGUACAAGCGAGCUUGGGCAUCGUGUCGAAAUCAAUUUAGUGAACCGAAAUCGGAUCUUCCACAAGCAACGAAAAUGGAAUAUAUUCCCUAUGCAAUUGUGGUUGCCGGUUCAGAAAUCGGUCUUAUGGACGAUUUUAUGUGGGAUUGGGUAUUGUCUCAUCAAGAGUUGGUCUUUGCACGAACGUCACCUGAACAAAAAUUGCGCAUAGUUGUGGAAUUUCAACGACGUGGCGAAGUCGUAGCAGUGACAGGUGACGGAACUAACGAUGCACCAGCACUUAAGUGUGCUCAUCUCGGUGUAGCCAUGCAAUCUGGCACAGAAGUAUCUAAAGAAGCUGGCGACAUGAUUCUACUUGAUAACAAUUUUGCAUCGAUCAUUCAAGCCAUUGAAACAGGUCGAUUAUUGAGUGAUAAUUUGAAGAAGGUGGCCAUCUAUUUGUUACCUGGAGGCUCGUGGUCGCAAAUUUGGCCUGUUUUCUUUAAUCUCUGGUUCGGCAUGCCAUUGGCUCUCUCUGCUUUUUGGGCUACAAUUUUCUGUAUGCUGAACGAUGUAUUCAUGUCCCUUGCCAUGGUUACAGAAAAGCCUGAACGUGAUAUCAUGUCUCGACCACCAGCGAUUCGUGAGAAAGAUCAUCUACUCAAUCUAAAAUUGCUCGCUCACGCUUAUUUAUUGGUUGGAAAUUUAGAAUGCUUCACUGCAUUCUUUUGCUUUUGUUACUAUUGGAUUGAUAAUGGCGUGCCUUUCUAUUCAUUCAUGUUUACUUAUGAAAAAUUCGGUGUCGAUCCUCCCCUUAAAUAUACACCGGAACAAUUAGUACUGAUGACUAAUUCGGCACAAUCAGUUUACUAUUGUUCAAUGUGUCUUUUUCAAUUUUUCAAUUUCCUCGCCACACGUACUCGAUAUACAUCGAUUCUCGAACACAAUCCAAUUUGGGGUAAAGGUCAAAACUUAUUCAUAUUCGGUGCAAUGCUCAUUUCGGUCGGUAUUCAAUUACUUUUAACACUUGUUGGUUGGUUCAAUCGUGUGUUUGGCACAGGUCGAGUGCCAGUCAAAUAUGUUAUGCCAACGCUUGGAUUUGGCAUGCUCUGGUUGAUAAUUGAUGAGUUAAGAAAAUAUUGCGUACGCAAAUAUCCACGUAGUAUUAUUGCACGACUUGCUUGCCAACAAUUAAUUUAG